ACUAACCUAUACCCACUUUUAUGGGGUCACAUUUCUUUGUUCCCUGAUUAUUUUGUGUCAUACUGACAGGGACGGCCUUUUGUCAAUAUUUUCAUGUUAAAGUGAUACUGUGAUUAAGUGUAUAUUCCAUCCAGGUCAUACUAGGACUUCAAAUUUGGUCUCAUUUUGUAACUAUUGUAUAGUACUACAUACCUAUACCCCCUUUCAUGGUGUCACAUUUCUUUGUUCUCUGUCUUUUUUGUGUCAUUCAGACAGGGACGUCCUUUUCUCGAUGGAAAUUUGAUAUUGGGACAAACUGUACCUUUCAUCCAGGUCAUGCUAGGACUUCAAAUUUGGUCUCAUAUUGUAGCUAUUGUAUAGAACUACUAACCUAUACCCACUUUUAUGGGGUCACAUUUCUUUGCUCUCCGUCUAUUUUGUGUCAUACUGACAGGGGCGGCCUUUUGUCUAUAUUUUCUUGUUAAAGUGAUAGUGGGACAAAGUUUAAGUUCCUUCCAGGUCAUGCUAGGACUUUAAAUUUGGUCUCAUUUUGUAGCUAUUGUAUAGUACUACUAACCUAUACCCACUUUCAUGGGGUCACAUUUCGUUGUUCUCUGUCUAUUUUGUGUCAUUCAGACAGGGACGACCUUUUCUCUAUAUUAUCAUGGAAAUUUGAUAUUGUGACCAACUGUAACUUUCUUUCAGGUCAUGAUAGGACUUUAAAUUUGCUCUCAUUUUGUAGCUAUUGUAUAGAACUACAUACCUAUACCCCCUUUUAUGGGGUCACAUUUCUUUGUUCUCUGUCUAUUUUGUGUCAUUCAGACAGGGACGUCCUUUUCUCUAUAUUUUUAUGUGAAUUUGAUAUUGUGACCAACUGUUACUUUCAUCCAGGUCAUGCUAGGACUUCAAAUUUGGUCUCAUUUUGUAGCUAUUGUAUAGUACUACUUACCUAUACCCACUUUCAUGGGGUCACAUUUCUUUGUUCUCUGUCUAUUCUGUGUCAUACUGACAGGGACGUCCUUUUCUCUAUAUUUUUAUGUGAGUGUAAUAUUCUAACAAAGUGUAUGUCCCUUCCAGGUCAUGCUAGGACUUCAAAUUUGGUCUCAUUUUGUAGCUAUUGUAUAGAACUACUUACCUAUACCCACUUUUAUGGGGUCACAUUUCUUUGUUCUCUGCCUAUUUUGUGUCAUACUGACAGGGGCGGCCGUUUGUCUAAAUUUUCAUGUUACAGUGAUAUUGUGACUAAGUGUACAUUCCAUCCAGGUCAUGCUAGGAUUUCAAAUUUGGUCUCAUUUUGUAGCUAUUGUAUAGAACUACUUACCUAUACCCACUUUUAUGGGGUCACAUUUCUUUCUUCUCUGUCUAUUUUGUGUCAUACUGACAGGGACGGCCGUUUGUCUAAAUUUUCAUGUUACAGUGAUAUUGUGACUAAGUGUACAUUCCAUCGGGGUCAUGCUAGUACUUCAAAUUUGGUCUCAUUUUGUAGCUAUUGUAUAGAACUACUAACCUAUACCCACUUUCAUGGGGUCACAUUUCUUUCUUCUCUGUCUAUUUUGUGUCAUACUGACAGGGACGGCCUUUUGUCUAUAUUUUUAUGUUACAGUCAUAUUGUGACAAAGUGUAAGUUCCUUCCAGGUCAUGCUAGGACUUCAAAUUUGGUCUCAUUUUGUAGCUAUUAUAUAGUUCUACAUACCUGUACCCCCUUUUAUGGGGUCACAUUUCUUUGUUCUCUGUCUAUUUUGUGUCAUUCAGACAGGGACGACCUUUUCUCUAUAUUAUCAUGGAAAUUUGAUAUUGUGACCAACUGUUACUUUCAUCCAGGUCAUGCUAGGACUUCAAAUUUGGUCUCAUUUUGUAGCUAUUGUAUAGAACUACUAACCUAUACCCACUUUCAUGGGGUCACAUUUCUUUGUUCUCUGUCUAUUUUGUGUCAUACUGACAGGGGCGGCCUUUUGUCUAUAUUUUCAUGUUAAAGUGAUAUUGGGACUAAGUGUACAUUCCAUCCAGGUCAUGCUAGGACUUCAAAUUUGGUCUCAUUUUGUAGCUAUUGUAUAGUACUACUAACCUAUACCCACUUUCAUGGGGUCACAUUUCGUUGUUCUCUGUCUAUUUUGUGUCAUUCAGACAGGGACGACCUUUUCUCUAUAUU